GCUCCUUGUUAUCUUUUGUCAGCCAAUCCACUUGCGCUUUGAGUUGAAUUAUUUCACUUUUAUUUUCUGUCACCUCUUUUUCGUUAUUCUGGAUGCGCUGUUCGAAGUUUUCAAACUUUUUUUCGAACGCAUCCAGUCUUUCUUCGAAUCUUUGUGACAGAGAGUGAAUAGCAUCGUAUAUGCUUUCCAUGCUUAGCUACUGCUUUGGAUGUAUCUCUCCUCUUCAAUUUCUUUGGAUUGGGACUCUGUAACGGAGUGUGGUCGCUCAGAGUUUUUGUCAUCUGCAUCUCUUCUUCAACAUAUUCGUCAAAACAUGCCUCACGUAUCCCGUCCAGGCUGUAGUCAUGUUCAUUGAAGCUAGCUUGGUCCUGAGUAUUAGCCAUUUUAUCCCGAGUGUAUUAUUUUGUGCGUCCUUUCAAAAAAAGUGUCUCACAAUAGUCUUUUAAGAGUGUUGUCUACCUUACAAUGGCUUGAGAGGUGAUUGUUGAUCAAAAUUAACUGUUUUAGAUGUCAAAAUCACUUUUUCUGUCGGAACCUGCGACUUUUACGUCUGCUCACUCCGCCAUCUUGCUCUUCCCCCCAUUUAACAGUUAGCUAAUGUCAUAUAUAAAACAAACUGUUAGUGACGGUCUCAAAUUCGUGAUAUAGCUAAUUACACUCAAAUACUUUUUAUUGAAAAGAAAACCUCAACCACGGAUUUGUCAACUGUAAACGACCAUAUAAGGGCUACAUCUACCACUGAAAAGACUGAGGACAUGUCUCUAGCCUAGUUUUUCUUCUAUAAAAAAUUCAUUUAAAAAAAAAAGUUGAUUCUGACAAUAAUUUAGACUUUAAAUCUGACUAGGCACAAAAAUGAAAUAUAAAUACAAAUUAAAUAGAUACACAAAAUGUGAAAAUAGAGUUUUGCACUCACUCAUGACAUCAGUAUUUCCUAACUCCUGCCUCGAGAGAAAGGACACAAUGAUCCAGAGAAGGAAAACCAAGAAGAGGAGCAGGGGUCUGCCUCCUGUUAUGCUAUACAGGUGGGUGGCCCUGAUGAACACAACCAUCACCAUGUGCAUGAUUAGAUACCGUUUUAUCUUUAUCUUUCUCCUCUGAAGACCUUAGAAAUGUAACACAUAGGCAGAGGAUUUGUGGUUGUAAAAAUGUGUAGUUUGCAAGAAUCGUGGUCAGUUAUACAAAUGGUUAUAAAUAAAUACACUUACUGUACAUUUUCAAAACCUUAUUGAGGAAGGCAACAAUGAAUCAGGCUGCAUUCACGAUGAGUUCAAGGUGAGACUUUAGCCAGAAAAUUGUUUUUGUGCAUUGCUUUUUGAGUUUAUUACUUUUGUCAGCCUGCCUCCCUCACUACUGACAGGGCAUCACCUAACAGCAACCCUUGCAUAAAAAUGAAUUGUCUACAAAUCAUUGUUAUAUAACAUAUUAUUUCACCCUGAAUUUUGUUUGUUGGCAAGUAGUUCAUAUAAUAGAAUCAAUUCUUAGCCUAAGACACACGAGCAUAUACUGCAACACUUAAUUUUGUUACCACCUCACUGCCCGCUGCGUACACGGGCGAAGACAUGCUUUACACCAGGUAAACAUGCUGCAGCCAAUCCCGCCCCUGCUGCUGCACAGAGGCUUUGCUGUGGCUCUUGUGUGUGGCACUGUGACACAUUUAUCUUUUCUGCUUGCAGAUUAGAUCUACAGUCUAUGGGUCAGACAGACUGACUGACUGACUGACUGAUUGCCAUUGGGAGGGGCAGAUAUUCCUUCCUUUUAUAGAUAGAAGACACUUAGAUCCAGUUGAACCCAGAUUGUGCCAUACUUAAGACAAAUGUCAGCACUGCUAAGAUCUUGGGCUCAAAUUUUUGGAUCUCGGGAUGGACUCAAACACAGCAAGGUUUGGAAACUAUGCAGCACAAGUUUGCUCCAGUGGUGUCGGUCCCUCCAUGUGGACAGUCCUCCUCGCAAACCCUCACUGACCAGCAGCUAUGUCCAUGGCACCUCCUCCAUGUCUCUGCUCCCCCUGACUGUAGGUCAGAGUCUGGACUCCAUAGUCCAGCGCUGGCCUGACCGUGAAGCUGUGGUCUUCCUGCAGGACGGCAUCCGGAAAACCUUUGUGCAGUUUCAACAAGAUGUUGACAAGGCGGCUGCAGGUCUGCUUGCUUUGGGCCUGAAGCGAGGCGACAGGCUGGGAGUUUGGGGACCCAACAUGUAUGAGUGGAUACUUUUCCAGUUUGCUUCAGCCAAAGCUGGAAUUAUACUGGUCAGUUUAACCCCGGCCUAUCAAGUGACGGAAGUGGAGUUUACUCUAAAAAAGGUCCAGUGUAAAGCUGUGGUCUGCCCUGCCCACUUUAAAACCCAAAACUUCUGUGAGAUGCUGAGGGAGCUCUGCCCAGAGCUCGACAGGACACCAGUAGGCAUGAUCAAAAGCUCCAGGUUGCCAGACUUGCGUAUGGUGAUAGUGACAGAUAGCAGACAGCCAGGGAUGCUCCACGUAGAGGAUGUGAUGCAAGCAGGGGAGAGUCAGCACCACAAAGAGCUGAUGAUGGAUCUGCAGAGCAAACUGUCCUUCGAUGAGCCCAUCAACAUUCAGUUCACAUCAGGGACGACAGGAAGUCCAAAGGGAGCCAGUCUUUCUCACCACAAUAUUGUAAACAAUGCUUACUUUAUUGGUCUCCGAAUAGGUUUUGGACGGAGACCUCAGGUGCGAGUGUGUAUGCCCGUUCCCAUGUACCACUGCUUUGGCUCUGUGUUGGGAGGGAUGAGUAUGGCAUUGCAUGGUAUCACACUGGUCUUCCCUUCCUCUGGCUACAACAGCCGAGCCAACCUGGAGGCCAUUCAGAGUGAAAAGUGCAAUUUCAUCUAUGGCACUCCCACAAUGUUCACUGACAUGCUUAGCCAACAGGAUUUACACAAGUAUGAUUUAUCAUCAAUUGAAGCUGGUGUCAUGGGGGGUUCACCGUGCCCUCCUGAGAUUGUGAGAAAACUGAAAACAGACAUGAACAUGAAAGAGAUAAUGAUCGCUUAUGGAUCCACUGAGAACAGCCCUGUCACAUUUCUGGGAUUCCCACAAGACAAUGAAGAGCUGAAGAUAAAUACUGUUGGAUGUAUCAUGAGCCACACUGAGGCUAAAGUGGUGGACCCUACUACUGGGGAGAUUGUCCCUCUGGGGGCCUCAGGAGAGCUGAUGAUCAGAGGCAGCUGUGUGAUGCACGGAUACUGGGACGAUCCUGAGAAAACCAGAGAGGUUAUCUCCCAAGACCGCUGGUACAGGACUGGUGACACGGCCAGUCUGAACAGUUUGGGAUACUGCCGCAUUGAAGGACGCAUAAAGGACAUGAUCAUCCGAGGAGGGGAGAACAUCUACCCUGCUGAGAUAGAGCAAUUUCUCUAUACACAUCCUAAAGUCCAGGAGGUGCUGGUGGUUGGAGUGAAGGAUGAGAGGCUGGGCGAGCAGGUGUGUGCCUGCAUCAGGCUGAGGGAGGGCCAGACCUCCACUGCAGAGGAGAUAAGAGCAUUCUGCAAAGGCCAGAUUUCUCACUUCAAGAUCCCACACUAUGUGAUCUUUGUCGACAGCUACCCUCUGACAGUCUCUGGAAAGAUCAAGAAGAACGUAUUAAAGGAGGAAAUGGAGACGAUAUUAGGCCUCUAAUUUAUUCUGAGUGAAAACUGGUAAUUCUAUUAAUAAGUGGUGUUCUUUUCCCUUUUAAUUGACAGGUAAAAGUAACCCAUGGCCUGUAGGUGGCACUGAAAGCUCCAUCAUGUAAAGCUGCAGUCAUUCAAACUAACAUUUUGUUCAUUAUGUGAAUAUUUGCAAAUCUUAUUAUGAUGUUUUUAUUAAAAUCAUUGAAAUCAUUUUUG